CAAGAUAUGAUAAGUUUAAAUUAUCUCUCGUGCGGGGCAAGGGACUUUGGGUAUGAGGAAAUACGCUUGAAUGACCUGGGGUGUGGGCUUGACGUUAAUUAACAUCCAUGGGGGACACUCACAUGUACCCCAAUCAAAAUACAGAGUUCACCUAAAAUUAUUUCUGUAAACUUAACCCUUCUGCUCGUCUCGCAAAUCAAGCACUGUUUAUGCCUUUUCAACGGACGACGUAUUUCUUUUUCUUUUUUUUGCGGUUUAUUAAAGUCAUUUUACUAAUAUGAUUUAGACUGGUGUUCGUAUGAUUGACUUGUUUAGCCUUACGAAAACAAAAUUAUUAAUUGCGUCUUUUGGCCUAAUGUUAUUGGCUAGCUAGCUGACGUUGCUAGCUAGCUAGCAUAGGAGGUUACGGUGCAUUCCUUCUUACUAUAGAAUGGCGUCUAUGUACUCCGGAUCCCAUACCCUGAGUAAAGAUGAUGUGAACUACAGAAUGCAUUUCCGCAUGAUCAACGAACAGCAAGUAGAAGAUAUCACCAUCGAUUUUUUCUACAAACCGCACACAAUAACACUGUUAACAUGCACAGUGCUCAGCUUGAUGUAUUUUGCAUUUACAAGGGAUGAUGGGAACCCUGACAGUAACUUAUGGGUGGGUCUGAUCUUAGUCAUCUCCUUCUUCCUGGUUAUAAGUAUCCUGGCCUUCCCAAACGGUCCAUUCACAAGACCACAUCCAGCGAUAUGGCGUGUGGUGUUUGGUCUAAGUGUCCUCUAUUUCCUGUUCCUGGUCUUUAUCAUCUUCCUAAACUGGGAGCAGGUGAAGCAGGUCAUGUACUGGCUGGACCCCAACCUGCGUUAUGCCAAAAGAGAGGCUGAUGUCAUGGAAUAUGCAAUAAACUGUCAUGUGAUCACCUGGGAGCGAAUCCUGAGCCACUUUGACAUCUUUGCCUUCAGUCACUUCUGGGGCUGGGGCAUGAAGGCCCUGCUCAUCCGCAGCUAUGGCCUCUGCUGGACCAUCAGCAUCACCUGGGAGCUGACAGAGCUGUUCUUCAUGCACUUGCUGCCUAACUUUGCGGAGUGCUGGUGGGACCAGGUGAUCUUGGACAUCCUGCUGUGUAACGGAGGGGGAAUCUGGCUGGGCAUGACCGUCUGUCGCUUUCUGGAGAUGAGAACCUACCACUGGGCGAGCAUCAAAGACAUCCACACCACUACGGGAAAGAUUAAGCGAGCUGCGCUCCAGUUCACCCCAGCAAGCUGGACCUAUGUACGCUGGUUCGACCCAAACUCUUCUCUCCAGCGCGUUACUGGGGUCUAUCUGUUCAUGAUCAUCUGGCAGCUGACCGAGUUGAACACGUUCUUCCUGAAGCACAUCUUUGUCUUCCCAGCAUGCCACGCACUCACUUGUUGUCGAAUCCUCUUUGUUGGCAUCAUCACGGCUCCCACCGUGAGGCAAUAUUAUGCAUACCUAACAGAUACACAGUGUAAAAGAGUUGGAACGCAGUGCUGGGUCUUUGGGGCGAUAGCCUUCCUGGAGGCCUUGGCAUGUGUUAAGUUUGGACAGGACUUGUUCUCCAAAACCCAGAUUCUUUAUGUGAUCCUCUGGCUCUUGUGUGUGGCCUUCAUCACGUUCCUGUGCCUAUAUGGAAUGGUGUGGUAUGCAGAAAACUACGGCCCAAGAGAAAAGAGCCUCUCAGAAUGCGAGGACAGCAACAUCGAAUCCACCGACUACGAAUCGGAAAUUCUCAAAGAGGAGACGGACGUAGUGGGUGAAGUCUCAUCUACCAGACAAAGAGGAAGGGGCUCAGGGACGAACAAAUCGAUCAACGGUGUAGGGACCCAGUAAUGACGAGAGCUCAGGGGUGUAGGGCCCCUCGCUCCUCGCAUGGCAGAGCUAGGAGAGAAGGAGGAGGAGUAGGAGGCUGGAAGAAGUUAACACUUCCCGGGGCAUUUCAACACGUUACAGAGAACCACUCACCCACAACAGAGAGGUUGGGCACCGAAGACACCCUUGAGUGGACGAACGUGUCCAUACAGUGUUAGAAAGAGAGGGGUCUAAUCUGCCGAGACUGGCACCGGUACUGGUGGCUUAGUCAGGGCCUUGCUCCUACCCUACUGUGUGUGUGUGUGUGUGUGUGUGUGUGUGUGUGUGUGUGUGUGUGUGUGUGUGUGUGUG